AUGCCCUGCCCUCGGCCUCCCUGGCUUCGCCGCCUCCGGGCCCCUCAGGGCUCGCUCUCCGCGGCCCGCUCCCCCGGCGGGGAGGAGGGCGAAGUCGACGGCGGCCGGGAGGAAGAGGAAGGGGACGGCAGCCCGGGCUCCGGCCCCAUCCUGACCCCCGCGUCCCCCGGGGACUGUCUCAUCUGUGUGUCACCCUUCGACGGCGUUUUCAAGCUGCCCAAGCGCCUGGACUGCGGCCACGUCUUCUGCCUCGAGUGCCUGGCUCGCCUGUCCCUGGCCACGGCGGGUGGCGGCGACGCGGUGGCCUGCCCCGUGUGCCGCGCGCCCACGCGCCUGGCCCCGCGCGGAGGGCUGCCCGCGCUGCCCACGCAGCCCGGCCUGCUGCCCCGCGCCGCGCGCCCGCCGCUGCGGCGCCAGGGCUCGGUGCGCUUCGACCGCCGCCGCGGCCUGCUCUACCUGCGGCCGCCGCCGCCGCCGCCCGGACCGCGCCGCCUUUCCUUCUCCAGCCCGGCCUGGGCCUUCAACGCGGCAGUGGCGCUGGCGGUGCUGGUGGCCGCGGGCCUCGUCGUCUCGGGUGUCUACAUCUUCUUCCUCAUCCCCCACGCCGCCGCCUCCGGCCCCGUGCGGCCCCAGCUCGUGGCGCUCGCCCCGGCGCCCGGGUUCUCCUGGUUCCCGCCACGGCCCACGGCGGGGACCCCCUGGACGCCGCGCCCCGUGGGCCCUGGCCUGGACAGCGCCCUGCCAGGGGCUGCGGAGGACACGGCGGAGGCUGAGGGGUUGCUGGACAGAGCCCCGGAGGGCGUGUGGGGGCCCGAGGCUGGCCCGCGCUGA